UGAAUCUGAAAUCUGAAGAAUUUUGAUAUGAUGAUGACUAGACAGCUCUCAAAGACAUUUCAUCAGAGAAAACACCUAAACCCUAACCCACAAAAAUCAUCGCCACUACCACCACAACCAUCUUCAUCAUCAACAUUGAAAAUAUCUGAAGCAAAAUCCCAUGACUGUUCAACAUCAAAGUCAAGAUCAUGGUGUGUAUAUCUCAUUCUAUCUACCAAUAAACCAAUCAAGACAUACGUUGGGGUCACCACCGAUUUUGGUCGACGUCUGAAGCAACAUAAUGGUGAGAUUAAAGGUGGUGCAAAAGCAUCCCGUGCAGGAAGGCCCUGGAUUUGUGCUUGCAUAAUUCAUGGUUUCAGUUGCCAAAAUGAUGCUUGUCAGUUUGAAUCGAAAUGGAAAAGUUUCUCGAGGAAAUUGGCUCGAAAAAGGAUCAAUAAAGAAGCAACUACAGAGAUGGAUGAUGGGUCACUUCCAUUGUUGCAGCACAGGCAAACUGCCCUAAACAAAGUACUCAAGGGUUUGUUGGAUUGCACUCGUCUAACAGUUGACUGGCAGAUGAAGCUUGUCUAAUUUAACACAUGCCAUGGAGUAAGUUUAUGGAUCCAAAGAAUCUUUUUUUUAUUUGAAAGUAUAUAUAUAUGUAUAUAUAACACGUGUAUAUCUUUUUUUUUUUUUAUGUAUACUUUUAUUCAUGAAAGUAUCUAAGAGUCAGAGUAUUUUUUGAAUAACUA